GAUAAUUAGUGCGUUCACAUGAUUUGACAUUUGAACAGAUAAAUCUUUCAGUGACAUUGUGGGAACGGCGAUGUUAGCACAAAUACAUAAAUAACUACUGAAUGUAUCCGUGACUUCAUCUGUGCAAAUAUAUUCUUCACAUUAUACAAGUGUACUGACUUAAAAACUGUGUCAAAAUGUGGUUCUUCUGGCUGCUUAUAGCUUUGAUUGUAAUAAAAACAUACAAUAAAAUAACGAAUGGAAAGUGUUACGCUGACAAUGUGAUGAGUGGUAAAGUUGUGAUCGUGACGGGCGGUAACAGUGGGAUCGGGUAUGAGACGGCUCUGGAACUGGCUAGGAGAGGCGCUAAGGUUAUAUUAGGCUGUCGAGACGAGAAAAGAGGGCAGAAGGCCGCUGAUUCUAUAGUCAAGAAAACCAAGAACCGAAGCGUAAGGUACAUGCAUCUGGACUUGAGUUCUUUUGCUUCAAUCAGAAAGUUUGUUGAAGACUUCAAAAGUUCGGAAGCCAAACUGGAUAUUUUGAUAAACAACGCCGGAGCCAGCGGUGUGCAUAGGGACAGGACUGAAGAUGGACUCAUCAGGGACAUGCAGGUCAACUACUUCGGGCCGUUUUUAUUGACUAUACUCUUAACUCCUUUGUUGAAGAAGUCAGCUCCGAGUCGAGUUAUAAUAGUGACGUCAACCUUACAUAGAUUUGGUACCAUCAGCGAUCUAAAUAACCCUCAUUCCUUCAUCAGAACAUAUUGUGAUAGUAAGCUAUGUAACAUACUGUUCAGUAAUGAGCUAGCGAGGAGAUUGGAGGAUACAGGAGUCAGCGUGAACAGUUUGCACCCUGGUCAUGUGAACACCAGUUUCUAUAAGGCAACUAUACUAGAAAAACUGAGGACUAUGAUAUUCUACACGUUUUUCAAGAACCCCAUUGAAGGAGCGCAAACUAGCUUGUAUUUGGCGAUAUCAGAUGACUGUGAUGAGACGACUGGAGGGUACUUUGUCGAUUGUAAACCAGGAUAUAUGGGUAUGAAAGCAAGAAACGAAGAUUUGGCUGCAAAACUAUGGGACAUGUCUGAACAAAUGGUUGGAUUGAAGCCUGAAGAAACUAUCUAAGAUACUCAUUUAGAUCUUAACAUAUGACUGAUGUUUGGUUAUAAAAUUAAUGUUUAGUGCACUUGAACACAACAAAUUCUGUAUUAAGACAAACCACUGCAAACAACACGGAUGUUAGUUAGUAUUUAAAACGAUAAACUUAAGUGCUAGGUAUGUUGUGGAGAAUAAAUUGUUUUUAUCUCUUAA